AUGGGAAAGCGGGCCAAGAAGACUAAAGCAGCCCUGGUCUCAAGAACCCUAAAUAUCGGGCAAUACAUGCAGGGAAACCUCCCUCGCAUGGCGCCCAAAAUGGUGGACCAACAUGCUGAAAUCUCGUCGUCCGAGGAGGAAGCCUCUCUAGACACACUGGAUGAGAUCCCCCAAGCUGGCGGCCUGCAUAUGGAAUCCUCAGAUGAAGAGAACAACACCCCAGCCACAAAAGGGGAUAUGAAAUCGCUCCUCCGAGACAUCCGCAAGAUGUUCCAAGCGGACCUAGCAAUACUGAGGGAAGAUAUGCUCUCACACACAGUACGACUCAAGGCUGUAGAGGAGACGUCUGCUCACCUCAAAGCCGAGCAAACCACAGAAGCGGCUAACAGAUUCACAAGCCACAAUUACACAAAAUUUACGGCAUAUGAAGACCGCAACCGCAGCAAGAAUAUCAAAAUUAAAGGUAUCCCUACCUCGGUGGAGAAGUUGGAACUGCCACAUGAGACACCUGACUCAGCACAUACUUCCACACUAGCAGGCCAGAAACAUCCUGAUAGACAAAAUCUACAGAAUCCGCAGGCAGGGCAGACUGCCCCAACAAACGAACAGUGA